GCCUGUGAGAUGAGGGGGUCGCAGUGAAUGCCCCCAGGAGAUCAACUGAGUGAGCAGGGAGGACUCUCCUAGCAGGCGUGGGUGUGGGUCUGGGUGCUAAGGAGGAAGAUGAGGGAGAUCUGCCGGAUUUGCGCCCGGGAGCUCUGUGGCAACCAGAGACGCUGGAUAUUCCACACGGCUGCCAAGCUCAACUUGCAGGUGCUUCUCUCCCAUGUCCUGGGCAAGGAGCUCUGCCGAGAUGGCAAAGCUGAAUUUGCCUGCAGCAAAUGUGCGUUCAUGCUGGACCGCAUCUACAGGUUUGACACGGUCAUCGCUCGCAUCGAAGCCCUCUCCAUCGAGCGUUUACAGAAGCUGCUGGUGGAGAAGGAUCGCCUCAAGUUUUGCAUUGCCAGCAUGUACAAGAGGAAUAAUGAAAACUCUGGUAUUGAUGACAAAGUUGUUGGGGAUGUGACUGUGGACAUUUCUGGCCUGCCUGAUAUCAGAUACACGGCCCUUCUUCAGGAGGACUUUGCCUAUUCUGGAUUUGAAUGCUGGACAGAGCAUGACGAACAUAUAGAACCGCAUAGCUGUCACACUUCUGAGAGUGUGGGUAACCGCCAAAGGCGAUGCCAUGGCUGUGCUGUGUUACGUGUUGCAGAUGCUGACUAUGAAGCGAUUUGCAGAGUCCCACGAAAGGUGGCCAGGAGUAUCUCUUGUGGGCCUUCCACCAGGUGGCUAGCUAGUGUAUGCAAUGAGGAAUCCUCUGUUUGUGAACCUAUAACUGCUGACUCAGGAAAUAACAAGGUGCCUGUGGAAGAAGAAAGCAUGGAGGAGGGGACUCCUGGGUCCUCUGUUGAAUCCUUGGACGCAACGGUGGAGGUCAGCCCUCCACGACAGAAGGAUGAGGAAGCAGACAAAGGUGUAAAAGGGAGCGAGAAGUGUGAUGAUUCCUCAGAUGCCCGUACUACUCCAAACUCGUCAUUGUAUGGGAAUAGGUUGGAGCUAGCCCUUAGCCUGAUCAAAGCUUUUGACUACAAGCCUGUUCAGAGUCCCAGAGGGAGCAGGUUACCUAUUCUAGUGAAAUCAAUCCUGCCAUGUUCCAAGCCUAGCCGUGACCUGGUGGAUGGAAGUGCUCUUCCUGGCUCAGUGAAUGCUGGUUCUGGUUUCCUCAGUGCAGCCACAAAACCCUUUCCCUUGGAGCUUUCUGACCUGCAGGAGCUGUGGGACGAUCUCUGUGAAGAUUAUCUGCCGCUUCGGGUACAGAAUCUGCCUGAGGACCAUCAGCAGCUGACUCAGUGUGACUCUGUGGCGAGUGGGCAUGUGUCUGAAUCGCACGCUGCUGAGCUGCAGGACAAAAUCCAGCAGUACAAUUCCACCAACAAGUUGCUGCAGGAAAAGCUAAAUGAGAUGAAUUUUGAAUUAAAAUCUGUCCAGGAAGCAUCCCAGAGACAAGAUCGUACAAUCCAGAGUCUGAAUGAGGCCCUGAAGAGCAAAGAAAGUGAGACAGAGGAGCUGUAUCAUGUGAUUGAAGGGCAGAAUGAGAACAUGGCCAAACUACGAGACAUGUUACAUAGAAGCCAGCUUGGACAUUUGCAGACCUCGGAGGGGCUAUCCCCUUCCCAGCAGCAGCACAUGGAACUGCUAGAUCUGCAGAACACACUCUUCUGCACCCAGCUGGAGAUACAGCAGCUGAAGAGGGGUCAGCGGCAGAAAGAACACCAACUGGCUGAAGCCAGGAGAGCUACCCAGCUUCUCGAGGCUGCUGUGCAGGAGGAACAGCAGCUGAAAGAGGUGUCAUGGAAACACAAUCAGGAGCUGCGCGGUGUUGUGCAGCAGGUACAAGCAGAGCUGCAGCACAAGGCUCAGCAGCUGCGGACCCUGGAGGGGGAGAGGUGCUGUGAGAUCCGGGCCGAGGAGCAGCGUGUUCAGCGUUUGAGCCAGAGGCUGGCUCACAAAGAACAGCUUCUGCAGGAAUCCCGGGAACUUCUGCAGUGUUGGCAGAGCUUGGAGAAGAACCCUGUGGUGACUGACGCUAUGCUGGAGAAGUUGCAGCAGCGAGUCAAAGACCGAGAUGCUGCUCUGGAGCGAGCAAUAGAUCAAAAAUUUUUUGCUGUGGAAGAGAGAGAGCAAGAGCUGAGACAGCUCCAUCUCUCCGAGAGAGAGCGGGAGCACGACUUGGAGAGACUGCGCAGCGUCCUGUCCAGCAAUGAGGCCACCAUUCAUAGCAUGGAGAGCCUGCUGAAAGCCAAGACGCUGGAACUAGAGCAGGUGUCGGCAACCUGCCAGAACCUCCAGUGGCUGAAAGAGGAAGUCGAGGCGAAAUCCAGCAGCUGGCAGAAGGAGCAGGAGGGGAUAAUACAGCAGCUGCAGACCUCUCUGCAUGACAGGAACAAGGAAGUGGAAGAGCUCACAGCAACCUUGCUCUGCAAGCUGGGCCCAGGGCAGGGUGACAUUGUGGAGGAGCUGUGCUUGCGUCUCCAGCGUAAGGAGAGGAUGCUGCAGGAUCUCCUGAGUGACCGGUACAGACAAGCUGGAGAGCAUGAGACUGAACUUCGGGAGCUGCUUCAAGCCGUGAGUGCCCGGGAGCAGCAAAGCCGAGUGGCUGCCGAGAAGAUGGUGCAGGCUCUGACAGAAAAGAGUGGUGAAGUACAAUUCCUGCGCCAGCGGCUGGUGGAGAAGGAGCUGGGGAAGAACCUAGCAGCUGAUAGCAGGAUCCUCCUCCAGAAAGACAAGCAGCCCUUUCAAGAAUUACUGCCAGGAGGUUGUGGGAAUGCUACCACUACCGGAAUUUCCAAGGGAGAGGACAGCAAAUUCAGGAUGGAGAAAGGCCUGUUGGAGACGGCUGCCGAGCUGGAGAAGGAGCUUGUUAAUGCCAGAGAGGAACUGGAGCUAAUGGCAAGAAAGGAAAGGGAAAGCCGGUUGGAGCUCUCUUCUCUUCAAUCUGUGGUGACAGCACAGGAGGAGGAGCUGCAGGUGCAGGCCUCAGAUAUUGAGUCCCUGACCAGGAAGAUCCAGAGCAAAGAGGACCUUAUAAAGGACCUGCAGAUGCAGCUGGUUGACCCUGAAGAAAUCCCAGCUGUGGAGCGACUGACCCAAGAAGUCCUGGUGCUUCGGGAGAAAGUAGUCACAGCAGAGUCACGAGGACAGGAGGCUACAGGGAACAGAAGGCAACAGCUGUUGCUGAUGCUGGAAGGGCUGGUGGCAGAGAGGAGUCGUUUGAAUGAAGCUCUGCAAGCAGAAAGGCAGCUGUACAGCAGUCUGGUGAAGUUCCACACUCACCCAAACAGCCCUGAGAGAGGCCAGACUCUGCAGGCUGAGCUGGAGAGGGCCCAGGCACUCCGUGGACGACUGGAAGAGGCUCUUGGCAGAAGCAUGGAGCAUUUGCGCAGGCUGGAGACCCUAGGCGCCUUUGGAGGUCAGCCUGGACGGGAGUACGCCGGGGACGUCAGUGCUGAAGGUAUCAAGGGGGAGGCGCCGCCCAGACCCGCAAGCCAGCAGACCAGCCAAGGGCUUCCUGAGAAGAGCCCGGUGGCCAAGGCAGUGCAACCCGAUCUCCUCACCCUGGCUCCCCUGGAGAGGGAGAGCAGCCUGCAGGCAGAGCUCCUCCGCGUCAGAGCCAAGAACCAGCAGCUCCUGGAGCAGAAGGCGAAGGUGGUAGGGGAGCUGUGGGAACUGAAGACUCUGAUGGAGGAAGCUGGUUUUUCAUCUCUCUCUCCCAUCAGGAAAGCCCUGCUGAGUCUGUGCCUGGAGACAGCAGAGCUGAAGGAGCGGCUGGGGGAAGCCCCGUUGUCAGAGGGUUGGGAGGAGGAGGCGGAGACCAGGGAGGCCCUGCACACCCAGAGCAAGAAGCUGCAGAGUUCAGAGACAGUCGUCACCCUCCUCAAGGACCAGCUGGUGCCGAACUGCCUGGAGGGCGAGAGCAAGUUUCCGCCCCAGCUCAUCACCGGCAUGGCCACGGAGAUCGACCAGCUCCGGGCAGAGAUGGGGGUGGCACCUGGGAAGCGCCCAGCCCUGGAGGGGCAGCUCCAGGAGGACCCAGCAAAGAGGCCCUGCCCUGGGUCCCAGGUGGUGGAAUUGGGACCACCCCAAGCCCACAGGGGCACAAGCCAGCAGAUGGAGGGCAGCCCUGCGGGCAGCUGGCAACGGUUGGUGGAGCCCGGAGUAGGGCCGUCGGGGCAGCUGGUUGAGUGCCGGCAGCGCAACCAGGAGCUGCAGGACAAGCUGGCCGUGUCAGAGGCCACAGUGCGGGCCCAGGCGGAGCAGCUGGAGCAGUACAGGACCCUGCUCAGCGAGCCCUCGGUGCAGCAGGACAACAAGCAGGUGCAGGUGGACCUCCAGGAUCUGGGCUACGAGACGUGUGGGAGGAGUGAAAAUGAGGCCGACCGGGAGGAGACCCCCAGCCCUGAGUGCGAGGAACCGGAUGUGUUCAGCAAGGCCGGCCUGAUGGAGGAGCUGAGCCGGCUGGGGCCGCGGGAGGGCCUGUGCUGGGGCCAGUCGGAAGACGUUGCUGUUCUGCAACAGCAUGUGCGGGAGCUCAAGGUGCAGCUGCAGAACUCAAACAAGGCACUCCAGAGGCUGCAGCACCGCGCCCGCUCCUUCUCCAGCACCAGUGACUGCGCCUCGGGUGCCGAGCAGCUCCGCAAGCUGGUGCCCAGCGCCACCGACGAGGACGAGGGCUGGCAGUCUGAUGGCGUUGGGGCCGUCUGCCCCCCUGCGCUCCAGGCCAGCAGAGAUCUCAAAUGGCUCGUCCACAGGGUGUCUCUGUUGGAGGCCCAGCUGCCUGGGCCCCGGGCAGGAGGGGUGCUGCCUGAGGAGCUGCGCUCUGCCAUCUGGCCAGGGAAAUAUGACUCGCUGAUCCAGGCCCAAGCACGGGAGCUCUCUCACCUGCGCCAGAAGAUGCGGGAGGGGCGCAGCGUGUGCCACCUGCUCUCCCAGCACCUCAGGGACACCGUCAAAUCCUUCGAGGAGCUUCUCCGAGGCACCGACAUCGACUACUACAUGGGCCAGAGCUUUCGGGAGCACUUGGCCCAAGGUGGCCAGCUGGCCGAGAGGCUGAGCAGCAAGCUGAGCAGCAGGAAUCGCUCUGACGUGGAGGAUAAAACUGGACAUGAAUUCGUGGCGCUCAGGUUGAGCAAGGAGCUCCGGGAGAAGGAGAGGAUGAUUGAGACCCUUCAGGCCAAGCUCCAGGAGCGCUGCGAGACCCCAUCCAGCAGCUGUGCCCUCUCUGAGUCACCCCGCUCCAACAGCAGCACCUCCUUCCUGUCUGACGGCCCAGAGGCCUGCUCCGCCGGGGAUGCCACCAGCGAGUACAGCCAGCUCCAGGGGGAUCGCAGCGAGCGGCCAUCCCGGCGCCUCACAGACGUCACUCACCCUGCUGCUCUGGCAUCCAGCCCAUCCCCUGCCGCUGCACCCCACCAGGCUCCAGCAGAGUCCAUCAGAGGCUUCCCCACCGGGCCAUCUUCACAGCACCAUCCCAUGGACGGCAGCCAGACACGCACAGGGUUGCAUUUUGACUCCUUGUCCAAGCCACUGAGCGUCCCUCUGACGCCUGCCCCUGGGCCGUCCUCCUUCCUGCCUUUCGGCCCUCCUCCUCCCGCCCCCCCUGCUCUCCUGGGCUGCUGCGGGACGCCUGUCUUCUCCUUGGCCGAGGUGCAGCAGGAGCUGCACAUGCUGCAGAAGCAGCUGGGAGAAAGGGGACCUCUUGCCGCACCACCAGUCAAACCAGUGCCACUGGCCGGCGACUUUGGGGAAGCCAGCACCUCCCGCUGUCUCCACGUUCCCCAUCUUGCCCCACAGUCUCGCCCGCUGCAGAGCUCCGCCCAGCUGGACAGGAAAGCAGGGGCUGCCUUCCCGGAGAACAACCCCCUCUGGGCCCGGCCUCACACGGGGGCCCUCUAUGGGCACUUACCCUCCGGGUAUCCGGCCAGCCACAAGCUGACUGGUGCUGACUUGCUGGAAGGACACCUGGCGGAGAUCCGCAGCCUGCGCCAGCGCCUGGAGGAGUCCAUCUGCAUCAACGAUCGGCUGCGGGAGCAGCUGGAGAACCGCCUCGCCGCCACCGCCAAGGGCAAUGGGUCUCCCACCAACAUCUACAUCCAGGGGCUGGAGCCUGCGUCCCCAGUGAGCAGCGAGACCCGAGCCCUGCGGGAGGAGAACCAGAGCCUGCAGCUCCAGCUCGCUCACCUCUCCAGAGAGCUGGAGCGGCUGCAUGAGGCCACGCGCUGUAGGCUGCAGGAGGCUGAGGCGGAGAACCGGACGCUGGCAGAGGAGCUGGCAGAGCAGCGACAGAGCAGCUGUCAGCUGCGGGAGGAGCGGCUGGCUCUCCAGGAGAACAACCGCAGGCUGGCGCGCACGGUGCCAUGCCUUCAGCAGCAGUGUGAGGAGAACCAGCGGCUCUGCCAGGCCCUCUGCGCCGAGCUGCGUGUCCACGAGACCCUCUCCGGCUCCUCCCAGGCCGCUCCCUCAGCUUGCAGCAGAGAUGCGCAUCGCAGACCACCUCUCAGCAGCGAGCUGGACGCCCUCCUGGCAGAGGUGCGAACUCUGCGCAGGCAGCUGCUGCGCGGCAUCCAGGUGAACAGCGCCCUGAGGCAGCAGCUGGCACGGCAGCAGCCGGAGGGAAGCGCUGCCCCUCUGUGCGCUGCACACCAGGCUACACCCGACUGGCAGCCCUUGCAAGACUCCAGCUCUUCUCCUCCAGUUCGGGAUGUUGGCAUGAGCUCCCCAGCUCCCCUCUCCCCGCCCGCCCUGCUUAGCGCUCCGGCCCUGCUCACCCACCAGAUGAAAGAGCUGCCCAUGGACGACCCUCUGGCAAGGAGGAGUGGCCCUGCACCGGCGGGAGACGCCACAAGCGGUUUGUCUGCCAGCAAAGGCGGGUGCCAGGUCAUUGGCCACGUUGAUGACUAUUGUGCCCUGAAGCAGCAGAUCCUGGAGGGCAAAACGAUGGUCCACCAGAUGGCCUCUCUCCUGCGGCCAGCUCUAACCAUGCCCAGCCUGGAGCCCCGUGGCACUGAGGCCCUGGAGCGGGGCAGCAUCCGGCAGCUCCUGAGCGCCACGAGUGCCCUGCGUCAGCUCCUGGAGCGGUGCGCCUCCCUGCUUGCCACCUUCUGGAGAGGAGCCCUGCCAGCAGCCCCCAGUCUGGCCCAGCAGCAGACCGCAGAGCAGGCAAUGAAGGACGAGCUCCUGGCGCUCAGGGCCAGGUUAGCUGAGCAGGAGAAUCUGCUCCGAAAUGCAGCUGAGCGCCUGCAGGACACCUGCCGCCUGAAGGACAACAUGGAGCACUUCAUUGUCAGCCACUUGACCCAAACUCAUGCCGUGCUGAGGAAAGCAAGGACAAACCUGGAGUCUCUCCAGAAGAGCAAGCCCCAGGGCUCCUCUGUCAAAUCUCCUCCCUCCAUCGGCACAGGGGAAAUCCCGGUGGGCUUGUCCCAGCACCCCAGCCACGUGAUCCUGGCCCGCCAGGAGCAUAGAAGGAAGAGGAGCCACCCAGACACCCUAAAGCGGCAGGAGGACCAGAGCUGGCCCUGCUUUGUUCACCUUCCCAGCUCCUGAGCACCAAGCCUGGCUGAGAUGGCUCCCAGGCAGGGCCCAGCAAGAACUGCUGUGCCCCCACAGCGAGCCCACAUUGGUGUGUGGCUCUGGCGUUGAACCCCUCUGCAUGGAAGCAAACUGUAGACUGUAUUAGGCUUGGCCCCUGGGCUACCACCAGACCUGUCUCGUACCGCACGGCCAGGGAGCCAUGCUCGUUUGAUUAAUCACUGUUAACUGCUAGGAAAUGUAUCCGGGGUAACUGGCGAAGCUGCUUUCCCAGUGAUUUCGCUCUCCCCCCAGCAUGGCCUAUCAUCCUGCUGCCACACUCCCUCUGUUGUGGAACCUCAUAGCCAUGCGUGUGUGUUAGACCAGUACUCUGCCCCUGCCCGUGCCAGGGAGACAGGGUAGGUGGCCUCCAUGCAAGCAGCAGACGGUGCAGGGUGCUGCUCCUGUGGCCUGGAGCAUUUUGCUUGUGAGCUGUUUUCCUCCCAAGCCGGGUUAUUGAUGCAGCUGUUAUUGUAGGGGUGGGAGGCUCCAUCCACCCUGCUCUGAGGAAAACAAGCCCCAGAGAGCAGUGUGUGUUUAUGCUGCUUGGCAAUACAGCAUAGCUUUGCCUGCAGGUCUUUCAUGCUGGAACCAGUGCAUAGCAGGGAGGUCAGGGUGCUUUCACCCUUCUCUGCUGGUCACUUCACCAUUUGGCGAUAAGCAAUUUCUGAGGCAACAUGACCAAAGUGUGAAAUCCCUGUUAGCUAGAGCUGAACUGCUGCUGCCCCCCAGGGGCCCUGAGGGGAGACACACCCAGCUUAGGCCUGCUUUGGUGGGAACCAUUUGUAAAGCAGCACUGGAAAGGGCCCCCCCAGCUUGGCCAACCUUGUCUGGGGUGAGUCUCUGCUGUAGGAUAUGUAUAUAGUGACUGAGUGUAACCCAGAGGGGAAUGGGCUAAGGCAGGCCCCCCAUGGGGCCAAAGUGGCUCCAACUUUGAGAAGAAAUGAAGUUGUAAGAAAUGCAGGGCUCCCUCGCAGGGGGAAUCCUUAAUAAACUUUUUUUGCCCAUUGGCUACUGUA